UGAUACAAAGAUCACGUGGUUUGGUUCUAUCGUUCAUCUUACAUGUAUGGAUGGAUAUACGCUGAAAGGCAAUGGGAUCCUUCAAUGUGUGCCAGGGGUAUCCCUAUUCUAUCUGAUAUGGAACGAUUCCAUUCCAACAUGUGAGGAGAUUACAGCCACAGAUAAAUCGACCAUCGGUGUCAUCACGGAGCAGUUUGGAGAUUUGGAAUUGACGUCAUCAGAAGAUAACAUGACAUCCACAACAAAAGUUCCUACCCAGGAGUGUGUGCCAUCGACCACGCCCACCCUCGUUUUCAUGGGAACUACAGGUGGCUUGGCCAUUCUUCUUCUUAUCAUAGCAAUAUCCUGGAUAGUCUAUCGGAUCCGAGGUCACAUGUCUAAUAAAGAGGUUAAUGGAACGCAGGUGACACACACUUACCUCGACAUGUCUCGAUCGCCGUCCCAAAAGGUUGAGGGACUGAACCAAGGGAUAUCACCAAAAUCCACUCUAUCCAGACCUCUCCCGGGACCCCAGCCAGGAGCUGAGGAUUAUGAAGAAACUACAAAUAUACAAAACACUGGGGUAUUGUACGAAAGCAUUCCAGAGAACAAACUCGGUGGGCAGUACGAAAACGCUCCAGAGCCCGGAUCAAUACGCGAUGUAGAAUGUGACUACGAGAGCGCCACCGAUACUGUUCUUUCAGAUAAUCUUCAAGGAAGUGUAGCACUUGCGGAUGAUAGGGGCAAUGCGGAAUCUGUGGACCAGGAUGAAUUUGGUUAUGUUCUUCCAAACGCUCGAUCGAGUGCGCGGGUGCAAAGUAACGUGUUAUCAAGUAAGAUGAAAUCGAGAGGUCUAUUCAUGGUCUUUGAUGAAGAUGGUUAUCUAAACCCACACUCGUGAACAUUGUAUUGAUUAGCCUCAUGCAAACUGGACCACAUUCAACCAUCGUGAUAACCUACUCGAUACAUGUGUGACCGAAUAUGAUCA